CAGUUCUCGUGUGUCUUGUCCCAUUUUCAUUACAGAUUCCCAUCCAAUCUGCAAAUUUUUUAAACAUGUUCAUAUAAUGAAAAGAGUUCAAAACUAUAGAGGCAAAUCAAAAGCUAAAUCAUAAUCUCCAACCUUUCCACAAAUAUAAAGACCACCAACAUACAAAGCAACCUGAAGAAUCAAAGAUUUAAAUCUCAAAUCAGUUCAUUAUAUUAAUCAAAUCUCUACAGAAAGUCCAAGAAUUUGAGUGAAAGAAGAAAAAACCUUGAGGCUGCUAAGGACUAAAAGGGCUUCGCAAUUUGGCAAUAGUACCUAGCCAUGAGUUUCAAUGAUUAUCAAACGCGCCGCCUCCAUUAAAGCUAGACAUAACAGAAGCUUUCUGGUAGUCACCAACUCUCUUCUCGAAGAAGUUUGUUUUCCCCUGAAGCAGAAUCAACUCCAUCCAAUCAAACGGAUUCGCCACACCGUACACCUUCCCAUACCCAAGCGCACCCAAAAGCCUAUCCACCACGAACUCGAUAUACUGACUCAUCAGCUCACGGGUCAUCCACACCAACGCACACGGAAGCGCGUCGCACACAAACUCCCUCUCGAUCUCGACCGCGUCGCAGACGGUCGACUUCACGUGCUCCUCCGUGAGCUUCGUCCUCAUGAGGGUAUAGAUCAGGCACGUGAAGUCGCAGUGCAAGCCUUCGUCUCAUGAGUAUACUUCCAGAUUUGCGCAAGAGAAGAUUAUUCACAUGCACAAAAAAGACACCUCCAAACAUAGAUUCCAAAAGCAAAUGGCCCGUGGGGUUUACGAUUAAUUGUAAAUGCAUGAAACGAAGACGACGGAGAAGACGAAGAGAAAGGUCCGAGAUUCGAUUUUGGAAAAAUAAGGGUUUGUCAUCGUGUAUCUAACGUGGCAGAGAACUGUUUUCCUAUUGGUCGAUUUUUUUUGUCGACGUGGACAUGCUCUCUGCUCACUAUAUAUUGCUUUUAGUAUAGUAUAGAUGUUACAUUUUCUUGGUAAAAGCAUAUCUUAUAGUGAUGGCAAAAGAAAGAAAAUAGUACAACAUAUUUCGAGAACAUUAAAUUCCAUUUUCAUAUGAAUAGUAGAAAAUGAGAAAAUGAGGAAAAUGUUUUUUAACACCUGAGGGAAAAUGUUUAAACUUUUUUUUCCCCUACAAAUGCUUCCAUUUAGUUAGUUCGAUUUAAUAUGUGCAUAUUUAUACAUGUAGAUAUCAUAUGAGAAAAAGUGAGUUAGUGCCAGCCACUGGAAUUGUAUUUCCAAACAUCAACAAAUAUAAAGCAAACUAAAUCUUGAUCCGCGUAACUGCGUAGAUGUUAUUUUAAAUUUUAUAUGUAUGAAUAUAUUUAUUUUAGAUCAUUAGUAUAUAUUUUAAUUUUAAUCAUAUAUUUAAAUAUUUAUAUAACUAUUUCAAAUAUAAUAAUUUUUAGUUUAUAUGUUGUAGAUAAUUAGUUGUUUAAAACCAUCACAUAUAUUUAUUGUUUCUUAUUAUAUAUUUAUCUUAUUGUAUUUGUAUUUAAUUAUUAAAUAAAUUAAUAUGUGCAUGAAAAACAUAUUUGGAAAUUAUUGAUAUUUAAUUUCUGUUAAACUUUUACCCGCCCUUUAAAACUGGAUUUCAUUUUAAUAAUAUUUUUACGUUUAUUCAUUUUACAUAAUAUAAUAUUGUAUAUACAACUUCAAAAAUAUGUUAAUUUUUAUACAUGUAUUGUAGUCUGUCAUCAUAUUAUAUUUUUAAAUAAAUCUUUUAUAUUUUUGAAAAUGAAAUUUAUAAAUCUAUCAGUUUAAUAUAAUUUUAUCAUAUGUAGUUCAAUAUAAUUAUUUUAUUUUAACAUGAUUGAUUAUGAUUACAAAAUAAAUAAAAUUAUGAUCAAAUUUUUAUUUUAAAUUUUAUAAACAAUAUUAAUGCAUAAUAAUAUUAUAUUGAUAAUUACGAAAUUAGUGAAAAUAUUUACAUAAAAUUUUUGAAAAUUAAUAUAUUGUUAAAAUAUUUUGAUGAACAUAAUAAUUUUCAUGUAAUAUGAUUAAUUGUGAUUAUAUAAUUGAUAAAAAUAUGAUAGAUAUUUAUUUUUCAUUUUUAAACAAUAACUGAAUAUAUUAGUGCAUAAUAAUAUUUCAAAAGUAAUCACGAAAUUAGUGAAAAUAUUUACAUAUAAUUUUUGAAUUUUAAGAUCUUGUUAAAAUCUUCUUAAACAGAUUUCUUCGAAUUUUUUAAUAUUUUUUUUUAUUUUAAAGGAAAAGAUAUUAUGAUUAAAGUAAUUCAAAUAUUUUAUAUAUUAUUAGUUUUAUUAAAUAUAUUUAAUAAAAAAUAUUUUGGAUAAUCUAAGUUAAAAAUUAUACAUGAAAUGAGAUUGUGACUUCUAUUUUAAUACAAUAGAUUGAUGCAAAUAAAGCCCGAGUUUUAGGGUGAUUAUUUUAUUGAUAUGAUUUGAAUUAAUUUUAUAUGAUGCUAAAUAAUUUGAUUAUGAAAAAAAUAAGAAAUAGAAUAUCACAGAUGUUAAAAAAGACGAAGUAUAAUACUAUUAAACUAAAAAAAAAUAAAAUGUGAAAAAUGAUUGGACGUGUCAAGUGGCCGUGGGGCUACACUUGGAGUGACGCACGCGCACCAUUCGCUUCCUUCCAAACGCACCGAUUGGAUAUUACAUUAACAAAUUGGCCCACUUCUGCUCCUUCCGUCCACCACUGCCUCCUAUUUUCCUCUUUCACUUCAUGUCUGUAUAAGGAUUAUAUUCUCUCACGCUUUAUACUUGAUAAAAGUUUAUAGUUUGUCGAAAAAAAUAAUUGGUAAAAAAAGAAGCAAAAUUCUGCAACCUUACUUUAUUGACUUCAAAUCACUAUUAUUUAAAAUUUAUUAAGAUCAUCAAGAACUUAGAACAAGAAGAGCUUAUUUUUUAAAUUACAUGAUUUACCUUAAAAUUUUAGGUUUAAAAACACAAGCGCUUUUAACCAAGUGGUCUUGGCCUAGUGGUAAAGGGGUUCCAAUUGGAGCUUCCGUCCGGGGUUCGAUUCCCCUUGGCCACCCAUAGAUGCCUUAAGUGGCAAGAAAACCCGGAUUUCUGUGGGCUUCUUGGUGAUUAGUCAUUGGGCCUAGAAAGCCUUUGGGAUCACACCAAGGUUAUCAAAAAAAAAAAAAAAAAAAAAAACACAAACGCUUUGUUAGCACAAAACACACACAUAAAAUGAAGAAUUCUUCAUGAAUUGAAAAGCUAAAUGCAUACCAAAUUCUAUCAUUUCCAAUUAUAUAAACCGUGAUGAUCUUGUGGUUGGUUUUAAAGGCACAAAUAGUCACGAGAUUAAAUCAAUUUACAAAUAAGAUAAAUCUUUUCGCUUUAUAUUUUUUGAAAGAAUACUAAAUUUAUUGCAAUAAAAAAAUCUUUCCGCAUUACUAGAAAUGUGCACUAGAUUAAAGAAAGAUAUAAAGCAUACACUAUACUAAUAAUAUUUUUAAAAGGUCGCCACUCUCAAUGAGCACCACCUUCCUAUACAUAUAUGCCACUAAACUUCCUCUUCUCCUUCACACCAAAAACAAACUCAAUACUCUUCUUUUCUUUAAUUUCCCUCUCGACUCUCACUAAGUUAACUCACAAAAGAGGAGAGAAACAAGCAUGAGAACGAUGGUCGAUUUAGGAAAGCAUCAUCAUCACAUGCAACUCAUAACCACUCCGACCACCGUGGACUGCGCUCGUGAAUUACGUCACCGACGAACUCUCCGCUCACUCAUCGAAUGCAUUCUCCCAUACUGUUGCACUUACCAACAACCUUCUCCUUCGUACCAAAACGACACUGUUUCGGUCUCUUCCUCUUCCUCCUCAGACCACUCCUCCUCAUCCUCCUCUUCUUCAUCAUCUUCUUCCCGUAGUAACAGCGUCGUAAGUGGUACUUUCUUUGGGCACCGUCGUGGAAGAGUCAGUUUCUGCCUUCAAGACACCACGGUGGGAUCUCCUCCGCUUCUCCUCCUCGAACUAGCUGUUCCCACGGCGACGUUAGCCAAGGAGAUGGAUCAAGCAGGUGUUCUACGCAUAGCCCUCGAGUGUGACCGUCGUCAAAGCAGCAACAGUGUCCCUUCGUCGAUCUUUGAUGUUCCGGUGUGGUCGAUGUAUUGCAACGGAAGGAAAAUGGGGUCUGCUGUGAGGAGGAAGGUGACGGAGAAUGACGCUGUUUUCUUGAGGAUGAUGCAGUCUGUUUCAGUCGGAGCUGGAGUUGUGCCGGUGGAUAAAGAGGAGCAGACGCUGUACUUGAGAGCGAGGUUCGAACGAGUCACUGGGUCGAGUGACUCGGAAUCGUUUCAUAUGAUGAAUCCUGGAGGUGGUUAUGGACAGGACCUUAGUAUAUUUCUUUUGAGAUCGUGAAAAUAUUCAUGAGUAUGUUGUAGUUACAAAUUAAUAAGAUUAUUGCCAUUUUCGUGUUUCAUUUUUUAGUCGUGUACUGUACAUUGUAAAGUAAAACUACCAAAAGAGUAAUAUGUACAUAUUUUUCAUCAAGUAAUAUCUAAUACAUAUAUGUGCAAUUCAUAGUGGUUA